UCGGCUGCAUUCGCUUUACGACACUGGAGACACCACCAUGCUGUGGAAACUAGUGGAGAAUGUCAAGUAUGAAGACAUUUAUGAGGACCGGCAUGACGGCGUCUCGAGCCACGGCUCGCGCCUGUCACAGCUGGGGUCGGUGUCUCACGCGACACCCUACUCCAGCGCACCGCCUCUGUCCCAUGCACCCUCUUCGGACUUCCAGCCACCUUAUUUCCCACCACCGUACCAGCCCCUAGCGCACUACCAGAGCCAGGAUCCAUAUUCGCACGUGAGCGACCCAUAUGCGCUCAACUCACUCCACCAGAGCCAACAGGGCGCGUGGGGCACACGGCAGCGGCAGGACGCGGCAGGAGAGCGCGUGGAUAGUUCGUCACUGCUCGCCCAGCCCCGGGCCUCGCUGCCACAGAUUGGGUUGGACCCGCGCCGGGACUAUGGACACAUGCGACGACCAGACGUCCUGCUGCACGCGCACCCGGGGCUGGAUCCCGGGAUGGGAGAUGGGCUGCUCCACGGACUGCACGGCCUUGAGGAUGUCCAGACCAUUGAUGACACCAACGGAACCAACGUCCUGGACCAGUCAGUCAUCAAGAAAGUGCCCAUGCCGCACAAGAACGUGGGCUCCCUGAUGCUGGGGAAAGACGGACUGAUUGGCGGAGUCAGUGUCAACAUCAACGAGGUUUUCUGCUCUGUCCCGGGCCGCCUGUCUCUGCUCAGCUCCACCUCCAAAUACAAAGUGACCGUGGGGGAGGUCCAGAGGAGACUGUCCCCUCCGGAGUGCCUCAACGCCUCGUUGCUGGGGGGUGUGCUCAGAAGAGCGAAAUCUAAAAAUGGAGGCAAGUGUCUACGAGAAAAGCUGGAGAAGAUUGGGCUGAAUUUACCGGCCGGGAGACGCAAGGCCGCUAACGUCACACUGCUCACCUCUCUGGUAGAAGGGGAGGCGGUGCACUUGGCGAGGGACUUUGGUUACAUCUGUGAGACUGAAUUCCCCACCAAAGCAGUGAGCGAGUACCUGAACCGCCAGCACACCGACCCCAACGAGCUACACACACGCAAGAACAUGCUCAUCGCCACCAAACAGCUGUGUAAGGAGUUCACAGACCUGCUGGCCCAGGACAGGACUCCACUGGGGAACUCUCGGCCCACCCCCAUCCUGGAGCCCGGCAUCCAGAGCUGCCUGUCCCACUUCAGCUUCAUCACACAUGGCUUCGGCUCUCCGGCCAUCUGCGCCGCCCUGACCGCUCUGCAGAACUACCUCACCGAGGCUCUCAAAGGACUGGACAAGAUGUUCCUCAACAACCCGCCCAACAACCGGCACGAGGGAAACAAGGGUGCGGACAAGGACGACAAACAGCGGAAAUGAAAAGGAAACUUGGGACAGACCGACGGACAGGAGGCGGGAUACUUCUAGCUUUACGCCACACUGCUAACUGACCGCAAAAGGGGCUGAAGGGUGGAGAGGCGGAGAGGUGGAGGAUGGCUAGAGCUGGAGAUAGCCCUGGGCCAGUGUCAGCGCGCACAGAGGGAUUUUUCAUCUGCGUUACGUUCUUUUGGUUCCCCCCGAGGACAUGGUGCUUACUGUGGUCCAUCAUUUUUUGACCCACCCCUCCCCUCUCUCCUCCCUCUGCCUGCAUCCUGAGAGACUAAGGCUUGAUCGGCCGAUAACAGCUUUGUGUGUGUGAGUGUGCAUGAGGAGAGAGAGUGUGUGUGUUUCUUAACAUUUGUGUGUGUGUGGAGACAGUAGAAAGAAAUGGACAAAAGGACCAGAGGCUUAUGGGUAAUGUCAUGUGGAAGAAAGAGUUGGUGCCAAAAAGCCUGGUUACACAGUUGACAGUUGAAGAGUUACAUUGGGUUGUGUGCAUUGGAGUGGCUGGGGCCAGUUAAAAGUUAUAUAGAUAGAAAGUUUUUUGGCUACUAUUUAUUUAAUUGGAU